ACCUCACCUCGGCUCAGUUAGCAUACAGCUCGCGGCUUGGUAACACGUCUGGACCCGACGAGCGUGAGGGAUGGCGCCCACGGACUUCGUACACCACUCCGUUCCCUCCUGGAUUGAGGGGAACAAGAAGUUUUUCCUUCCCCCCGUGUGCAACAAAAUGAUGCAUGGGGAGAAGCAGCUGAAGGUGUUUUUCGUGGGCGGCCCCAACCAGAGGAAGGACUUUCACCUGGAGGAGGGCGAGGAGUUCUUCUACAUGGUGAAGGGCGAGAUGAACCUCAUCACCCUCACCAACGGCGCCUUCAAGGACGUCAUCAUCAAGGAAGGGGAGGUGUUCCAGUUGCCGGGCAAGAUCCCACACUCGCCCCAGAGGUUCGCCAACACGGUGGGUCUGGUCAUCGAGCGGGAGAGGAUGAAGAGCGAGCUGGACUGUCUCAGGUACUUCGUGGAGGGCACCAAGGGGACCCUGUUCGAGCGGUGGUUCUAUUGCGAGGACCUGGGCACGCAGCUCGGCCCCGUCAUCAAGGAGUUCUUCGCCUCAGAGCAGUGCAGGACGGGCAAGCCUGUUACUGGCACCAUUCAGGAGAAGCAGCCUUGGACUCCUGACGAAGCGAGAGUCUUGGAGGAGCCCUUCUCGCUGGCCAAGUGGAUCAACAAGCACAGAGGAGAGAUUCAGCAGGAGGGCAGCAGGCGACUGUUUGACCUGAGUUACCAGAGUGACGUGGUGGUGUUGGGACGAGGCUCCUCCAGCCACCACCUACCGCGGGCCGAAACAUGGCUGUGGCAGCAGGACGGAGAGAGCGAGGUGGUCAUGGGCGAUGAGAAGGUGGUACUGAAAGCCCAAGACUCUUUGCUGGUCCGUGCAGACGCGCCCUUCACGCACACUCGUGGUGAAGGCUCCGUCACCUUGUCGGUGGUGAUGGACCCCGGCAACAAGGAACGGGGCUUUGCUCACCUCAAGAAGUAGUGCUUGGUGGCCGCACAGCCGCCGCCUAGCUGCGCCUCGCCGGGUCAUCCAUGCCUGCUGCUGGUCUUGGCUCGGCGCACGGAAGAAAUCGUUCUUGUACUUGCUCAGGAACGAACUUUGAAUUAACUAAUUAGCUUCACCUUGUUGACGCCAGAGGCAGGCAAAUGCUUAACUAACGUUACCAACACGCAAUUGCGCACCGUUAUCUCCGCCUUACUAUUAUUUCGUUCGAAGGCAUCUGGGAAAAGUAUAUUUGUAUGAGAACAAUUUAUAAUUUAGUACUAUGUAAGAAUUAUAUUCCUAAUAAAAUAUAUUAUUUUGAUUA